GCGAAGUGUUAUUUAAUUGGUUCUAAUUUCAAAAAUAUUGACCAUUGAGAUAAUACUUUUUAAGUGUAGUGUUGCUAUUUUCUUGGAGUACGUUCCAGUUUUAAUUUUCGAAAAGAGAACAGGGUAGAAACGUCCGACACAGAAGAGCAUGCAACAGACACCAUCGCAAUAUUGAACUAUUUAAAACAAGAUGGCGCCUCAAGAGCGAACUCCUUGUUGCGAGCAGGAAGAUUCCCGCCAAAAUGAAACCAUAGACAACAAACUGUCAAAUAUAGAUUUGGCGGGAGGUUUCAUCAACAAAGGCUACGUUAAUGAUACCACAGAUAAUAUAAAUAAUCAGAGUGCAAAUAAUAAUAGAGAUGAUGAUAAAGAACAUAAAAAGGCGACAGAUUUUGACGAUCUGUUGCCGUAUGUAGGAGAAUUUGGACUGUAUCAAAAGAUUUUGUUCUUAUUAAUGAUACCAUUUGCAUUUUUUGUUGCGUUUGUGUAUUUUUCACAAAUAUUCAUGACCAUAGCGCCUGAGCAACAUUGGUGUUGGAUACCGGAGUUGGCCAAUUUAACCGUAGAAGAAAGACGGGCCCUGGCCAUCCCUCCCAAAUCAGAUGGGCCGUUCGCCCACGACAGAUGUAAUAUGUACUCGGCGGAUUGGACCGCCGCUCUAGCCCAGGGCAGAACGACACCCGACGACGGAUGGUCUGUGGUCCCAUGUGCGUACGGUUGGGAGUACAAUAGAAGUGAUGUCCCAUAUGAUACCAUUGCAUCUCAGCUGGACUGGGUGUGCGAAAAGGACAACCUACCAGCAACAGCUCAGGCCAUAUUCUUCUGCGGUGCCAUAGUUGGAGGUCUGGUGUUUGGUUGGAUAGCAGAUAAAUAUGGAAGAAUACCAGCUCUAGUUGGAACAAACCUGAUCGGCUUCACAGCUGGUAUUGGUACAGCGUUCUGUGACAGUUUCUGGUCAUUUGCGUUGUGUCGAUUUCUGGUGGGCUUAGCUUUUGAUAAUUGUUUCACCAUGAUGUAUAUCCUAGUACUGGAAUACGUCGGCCCCAAAUGGCGUACAUUCGUAGCAAACAUGUCAAUAGCGUUAUUCUUCACGCUGGCCGCAUCCCUGCUGCCUUGGAUAGCAUUAUGGGCUGAUGAUUGGAGAAGGUUUGCCAUUGGCACCAGUCUACCAUUCAUAUUGGCUGCGGCGACCCCUUGGCUCGUACCAGAGAGCGCUAGAUGGUUAGUAUCACAAGGCAAGAUCGACAAGGCGCUUACUAUCAUGAAAAAGUUUGAAAGAAUAAACAAGACCAAAAUUCCUGAGAAGGUGCUAAGCGAGUUUGCGGAAUCCUCCCUUAAAACUAUCAAAGACUCAGAAGCAGAAUGCAGAACAUAUUCCGUUCUGGAUCUCUUCAAAACUCCGCGGUUGAGGCGGAACGCAAUUCUUCUCAUCAUCAUAUGGAUGGCCAUCUCAUUGGUCUUUGAUGGCCACGUGAGGAAUGUUGGGUCUUUGGGUUUGGACAUCUUCUUAACCUUCACGAUUGCAUCGGCUACGGAAUUGCCUGCAGAUACGUUCUUGACUGCUGUGUUAGAUAGAUGGGGCAGAAGAUGGUUGGCUUGUGGAUCUAUGGUAAUUAGUGGUAUCUUCAGUCUGCUGGCGACUGCUGUCCCUGUAGGUGGUCCGUCAGCAUCUCUAGCCAUCCUCGGCCGGUUCGCCGUGAACAUAUCGUACAACAUCGGGCUGCAGUAUGCGGCGGAGUUGCUGCCGACCGUGGUGAGGGCGCAGGGCGUCGCCCUCAUACAUAUAAUGGGCUACGUCGCCUCUAUUGUAGCACCAUUCGUCGUUUAUCUCGCCAACAUUUCUCAAGAUCUUCCUCUCCUUAUUCUUGGCAUUUUGGGUAUAAUCGGAGGUCUUCUGUGCCUGUUUCUGCCCGAGACCAUGGACACGGAGAUGCCGCAGACUCUGCAAGAUGGAGAGAACUUCGGCAAGGACCAAAGGUUUUGGGACAUGCCCUGCUUCCCUAAAAAAAGAGUAGAAGAUGACGACAAUCCUGGACGUUACGUGAAGCGUCAUUCAGUUAGCAGUCGCAAUGAACCUGACAACUUCGUCAGAGCACUACCCAGUACUAUAGGUUCCAGAGCGUCCAUAAGGGCCUCGAUUCGAGCUUCGGUCAAGACUAAAACUGGAUCCAAUAAAAGAGAAACCAGUAAGGAAAGGAAAGAAAAUAUGGUUUGA